AUGGAAGAACCAGUCCUACUAUCUAAAAGCAUGGAGCCUUUUAGCCCGCUGAUCGAAGAAGAGGCCUUCUUGUCACCGGGAACAUUUUCCAGUGCAGAUGAGUACGCCGCCAAUCCCCGAUUCCUGGAACUACAGGAAGAGCUCCGGUGCGUACUCUUUUCCGCCGUCGCAAGCCUUGAGCCAGCCGACACAUCACCGCCCCUGGAGCCUGAAGGGCCCCAACCCCGAGCGCGACAAAGUCUAGACUUCACGCGCGUAAUCUCAAUCCCCAAAAUCAAAUUGAUUUUCUACUUGAAAAAUUGGAUCACGGAAUGCGCCCCGUACCUCGAUAAGUUUGACGAGGCCCGCCACUUUGGCGUCCACAUCCCCAUUCUGGCCCAAGGCUCUCCGGCCCUUUUCUACGCCAUCUUGGCAUUCUCAGCGCGUCAAACGGAGCGUAAGGCCUGUCUCGACAAGGCCUAUGACAGCCUCGAAUUAUACCAGGAGUCCAUUCGACUCCUCGCCCCCUGUCUCCAAGCGAAAGAUCCUAAUGUUCUAGUCACGGUGUGCAUUCUGGCCGUCAUGGAACUCAUGUCCGUCAGUCCACGCGACUGGCGACGACACGUUGAGGGUUGCGCAGCAUUAUUCGACUCCUUCAAUGUAAACGGACUUUCGGGUGGUCAUCUCCAAGCUGUGUUCUGGUGCUACGCGCGAAUGGAGCUAUGCGGAGCCAUUAUCUCGAAUGGUGCAGAAAGCACUGUCCUCCCACUGGAAAAAUGGGUCCCAGCAAUGUCGCAGGCCACAUCAAAAGAAGCCGAAGAGGACAUGAUCCGAGAUCUGUUCUGCGAAAACGGUCGCGCCUCUGCCGAUAUGCAUGCCAACUGGGCUGUUUAUUUGUGCGCGAAGGCGUGUGAUCUUUCGUGUCGGCGAACGCGGUAUUUAGAACUUGGCGAAACGACCGGCGAUCGGCGACCGUUCUCCGAGCAGUGGAAUCGACUUUGGGACGAGUUGCAAUAUUGGAUCGAGACGCGACCUCCAGCGAUGCUGCCUAUCAAGACGACAGGUAUGGGCAGUGGUCAGAUUUUCCCAGAGAUCUUGUUCGCACACUGGGCCGCUAUCUCCGGCAACCAGCUGUAUCAUGCGGCUUCUAUAAUGAUGCUGGAUAUGCGACCGGUCGAGCGGGGCCCUCCGGCGGCUAAGCCACAUUUUUCGGCCAUUUGGCAUGCUCGUCGCGUUUGUGGGAUUUCUUUGACGAAUCCCCACUCGGGAAAUUUGAUCAAUGCUAUCCAACCCCUCUAUAUUGCAGGGAAGUUGCUCAGUCACCAUAGUGAGCAUGUUGAAGUGGCGAAGCUAUUCAAGAUCAUUGAGCGUACAACCGGUUGGGGUGCGCUUUGGCGAUUGAAAGACCUUGAGCGCGCUUGGGGAUACGAACCCGGAGAAAUUCUCGGGGUGAUUUGA